CGCGAAAGGUACUACGUGCGUUACCGCAAAGUAUGAAAACAACACUGGAACCCAGACUUUUGAUCCUCAUCAUGAGAACUAACAAUCCGAACUGACCGCGACAUACAAGCACAGCGCAUUGACAAUACCAUAUACACGAGCAUUACCACAUCAAAAGCCUCACAUCUUCCGCAGCUCACCAUGGAGAACCUCACGCCCAUCCUGCAGACCUACUCCGUCCUCGCCAUCGCUCUCGCAGCAGGCACAAACCUGAGCACCACCAUCGUCACCAUCCCAGCCCUUCUCCACGCCCCACCCUCCACACUCGCCGUGCAAUGGAAAAUCCUCUUCGACUCAGCCAUAACACCCGUCGUAUCGCUCGCCAUGAGCUCCGCCGUCGGCUUCGCAACGCUUGCUUAUCGAGAAACGCACACGGUAUCGACUAGCGUAGGGAAGCGGAAUCUAUACGUUGCUGCUGCGGUGGGCGCGUUUGGACUUGCGCCGUAUACGAGGCUGCUGAUGUGGGAUAGCAUUGCGGAGUUGGAGAAGAGAGCAAAGGCAGGAGAGAAAAGAGAGGGAGAGGAGGUAGGGGGGAGUAAGACGCAUGCGUUGGUGAAGCAGUGGGGAACCUUGAAUUUGUAUAGGGGCUGCAUGCUGCUGGUGUCGGCUGGGUUGGGGCUCUGGGCUUCUGUGAACUGAGACUGGGCCUUACAGCGCUAUUAUGAGGUUAUGAUUGUUUAUGCGGAGUACUUUCCAUAUUCGGCCCAAGCAGUCAC